AUGAAACCGUACCUCAGCAGAUACAAAGCAGAAGAUGUCAUUCUUCGACCUGGACUGAAGUACACUGGAUUUCUUAUCGUAAGAGUGGACAAAGAUGACAAAGAAGAAACGCAGACUGGAGCUCAUUAUAGUCGGAUAUUGGAUCCCCUGAGGCCGAGAUCCUAUCGGCAACUUCAUCUCAGUGGACCUGCCUACGGCUUUAGUGGAUAUUUCAAACCAGUGUUUCUGGAGCCCGAGGAUGAAGGAAGCGUGGUUGGCACGUUUUUCACUGUUUUGGUUCCACUUCUCGUCUUCCUAACCAUGGCGUCCGUAUUGGCUCUAUUUGUGCUGCACAAGUUAGUUGAAUUUUCCUCUAUUGCAGUUUUUUACUUUCAUGUUCAAAUUUAUUACCUGCAAAAUCAUAAUUUGUUUUUCCCGUGUCGGAGCUUAAAGGCACCUUCCACCCAGAUUUUCGACUUCCAUGUUUCUGUCGUUCCAGGACCUUCUCAUAGCCCUGAUUCCAAAUAUGAAGUUGAGAAUUUGCGAUAACA